AUGAGCUCGAACGAGCGACAGCUGCAAAUACAGCCUGAGGUGCUGGAUAAAAAUCAACUUUCAUGCGAGGAGAAGACGCAAAACACUGGAACCAGUGUAACAGCAGCUGAUGUAGCGCGUGAUACUAUUCUUGAUGUUGAGACAACAAGUAAAGAUGGGAAGGGCAAAGAGGACGAUGAGUCCUCGGGUGGCUUUGGGGCUUUUCUGAAACUGUGGACCUGGUGUACUCCCAUCGAUAUUGUGCUUCGUACCUGCGGAUUUCUUGCAGCAAUUGGUUCUGGAACGACUCUUCCGUUAAUGACUAUUGUUUUUGGUAAAUUCGUCGACGAAUUUAAUGAUUAUGGAAAAGGUACUGUCUCGCCAGAGCAGCUUCGGAGGUCAAUUUCGAAGAAUGCUCUCUAUUUGGUAUACCUCUUUAUUGCGAAAUUCUUUGCGGUUUACAUCCACACCAACUGCUUUACGAUCACAGCCAUUCGUAGUGUACGCCGUCUUCGGUUAGAGUACGUGAAGGCGAUCCUCAGGCAAGAUAUGGCAUACUUCGACACAUACACUCCGGGUUCAGUCGCGACUCGAAUAUCUAACAAUGCAAACCUUAUUCAAAAUGGGCUCUCGGAAAAGGUUGGGACCGCAGUGCAAGGCUUCGCCAUGCUCAUUGCGGCCUUUGUUGUUGCGUUUACCCAAAGCUGGAGACUAACCCUGCCGGUGGCGACCUCCAUCCCAACCGCCGUGACACUUGUGGGAAUAACAGUAGUGCUGGACGCCAAAUUAGAAGCUAAGGUAUUGGAUAUCUAUUCGAAAGCAGGUGGUCUUGUGGAAGAAACACUAGGAAGUAUUCGGGUGGUCACCGCUUUCGGCGCUGCUGGAAAGCUUCGAAAGAAGUACGAUGAACAUUUAGACGCAGCAAAAGGGUACGGAGUGAAAAAGGGGCCAGUUCUUGGCGUUCAGUACAGCUCGGAAUUCUUUAUUAUGUAUUGCGCAUACUCUCUUGCCUUUUGGUAUGGUGUUAAGCUCAUCACUAAGGGUCAGAUUGGGUCUGGCGGGGAAAUUCUCACGGUCCUAUUUUCUGUCGCACUUGGUACUUCCUCUCUUACAAUGAUAUCCCCCACGAUAGGCGAUUUCACAAAAGCCGGAGCAGCCGCCAACGAUGUGUUGAAAAUGAUUGCUAGAGUUCCUGCGAUUGAUUCUAUGAGCCAAGAAGGGUUGAAACCAGAGCAAGUCAAUGGCGAACUCGAAUUGUCUGGUGUGUCGUUUUCGUACCCUGCAAGACCUACCAUUCAAGUACUCAACAACGUUGCUCUCAAAAUUCCCGCUAGAAAAGUUACAGCUCUAGUUGGCGCAAGUGGAAGUGGUAAGAGCACUAUUGUUGGGCUUCUGGAACGAUGGUACGACCCUGCAGAAGGCAUAAUACAGCUUGACGGACACAAUAUCAAAGAUUUAAAUGUGGUAUGGCUACGAAGUCAGAUUGGACUGGUGCAGCAGGAGCCUGUUCUUUUUAACGACACUAUUUAUAAUAACAUCGUCCAUGGCCUGCAUGGAACCGAGAUGGACAAGUACGCUGAGCCGGAGAAGAGAAAACUUGUGAGAGAAGCCUGCAUUGAGGCAAAUGCAGACGAAUUCAUACAGACAUUUCCCAAAGGAUAUGAUACCGUCGUUGGUGAACGAGGAAGCCUGCUAAGUGGAGGCCAAAGACAAAGAGUUGCCAUCGCACGCAGUAUCAUUUCGAAUCCACCAAUCUUGCUUCUUGACGAGGCUACUUCUGCCCUUGACCCUCGAGCCGAAGCCGUUGUCCAAGCCGCCCUUGAUAGAGUAUCACGAACUCGCACCACAAUAUUGAUUGCACACAAACUUUCAACGGUCAAAAAGGCAGAUAACAUUGUUGUAAUGAACAAGGGUGAAGUUAUUGAGCAAGGGACACAUGAAGGCCUUUUGGAGGCACAUGGCGCAUACUGGAAUCUCGUUAAUGCCCAAAGUCUCUCCACAAUUGUCGACGACGACUCUUCGGAUACCGAUCCUAGUGUCGAAGAUCCCAAGUCAACUGAUCUAGAAAAAAUAGCCACUUCAAAAUCUGCCCGCAGUCAUGCAGUUAGUGAGGUUGUGGAGGAGACGCCCGACGUGUCUAGAAAAAUGUCACUUUUCCGAUGCUUGGUCAAAAUAUUCUAUGAGCAACGCCGUUACUGGGUCUAUUUCACUUUCGGUGGUAUAGCAUCUGUUUGUGGAGGCGGCGCCUUUCCUGCACAGGCCGUUCUCUUCUCGAAGAUUGUAACCAUAUUCCAGCUUCCCUUGGAGAUGUUAAAAGAUCGGGUGAACUUUUGGGCCCUUAUGUUUUUGGUUCUGGCUAUUGGCGUUCUCUUCUCAUACGCCUCUGUCGGAUUUUUCUUGACUGUUGCCGCUUUCCACGUAUCGCGCUUCUAUCGCAGUGAAUACUUUGGGGCUAUGUUAUCGCAGGAUAUCGGCUUUUUCGAUCUCCCCGAAAACUCCUCUGGAAGUCUUACAGCACGACUCUCUACGGACCCUCAAGCUCUGCAAGACUUGAUAUCAUCCAACAUUGGACUGAUCGUUAUUGUUCUUGUGAAUCUCGUAUCUUGCACAAUUCUUGCUCUCGCUACUCAGUGGAAGCUGGCUCUCGUCGCUCUGUUUGGCUGCCUUCCGCCUUUGUUUUUAUCGGGAUUCACGCGUAUGCGAAUGGAGAUGAAAAGUCAGGACAGAAACGCAAAAAUGUAUCUUGAAAGUGCUCGAUUCGCAGCCGAAGCUGUCGGAGCCAUUCGCACAGUUUCUUCUCUCACCUUGGAAUCGAAGGUGUACGACAGCUACGGUGAACGUCUGAGGGGACCUGUUUCAAGGUCUUACAAACAUACCGUUAUCAGUAUGAUAUUUUUUGGUCUCUCCGACAGUAUUGACCAAGCAGCAAUGGCAUUGGCCUUUUGGUACGGUGGGCGUCUUCUGACAUACGGUGAAUUCGGCGCUGAGAGUUUUUUUGUUGUUUUUGUGGCAAUCAUUUUUGGUGGGCAUGCUGCCGGGUUUCUCUUUGGAUUUACACUGAAUACAACCAAGGCUCAUGCUGCUGCAAACCAGAUCUUACACCUCCGACAACAAACUGCACCAAUCAAUGACUCGAAAGGUGUCCCUCUGGCCAAAGAUGACUCGGACGUUGCGAUCGAAUUCAAGGACGUAUCAUUUCACUACCCUAGCCGACCAAAUCAUCCAGUACUUCGCAAGAUCAACCUCAAAAUCUAUCGUGGACAGAAUGUUGGUCUUGUUGGGGCCUCAGGGUGUGGCAAGACCACAAUCAUGGCGCUACUUGAAAGGUUCUACGAUAUAUCGUCGGGAGAGAUUCUCAUCCAUGGGCAAUCGAUUUCUGCAAUCGACGUCAGGGAAUAUCGAGAAAGCGCAGGCCUGGUUUCUCAAGAGACUACUCUCUACCAAGGCUCGGUUCGAGAGAACGUCGCACUUGGAGUCCACUCAGGUCCUGUCACAGAUGAUGACAUUAUAGCAGCUUGCAAGGACGCAAACAUUCACGACUUUAUCCAGUCUCUUCCUGAUGGCUACAAUACUGAAUCAGGCUCCCGCGGGCUGACCUUCAGCGGAGGCCAAAGACAGCGCCUCGCUGUUGCCCGAGCCCUCUUACGGCAUCCUGGGUUCUUGUUUCUCGACGAGGCUACCAGUGCCUUGGACACGGAGAGUGAGCGCAUCGUCCAGGCGGCGCUGGAGACAGCCAAGAAAGGUAGGACGACGAUCGCAGUGGCGCAUCGUCUUAGCACAGUACAAGACUGUGAUGCUAUAUUCGUGCUCGACGCGGGCCGGAUUGUGGAGCGGGGUACGCACCAAGAACUCUUGAGAAUGAAGGGCAGGUAUUACGAGAUGUGCCAGGCGCAGAGUUUGGACAGAGAGGCAUAA